UUCAUUGGUCUGUCUCUUCCUCGCCUAGCGCCACUCAGCAGCGCCUCCUCUUCCUUGGGUCCAGCCCUUUCGGUCCCUUCUCAACUCUGGUUGUGUAAGAUUGCGUCGUCACGGUAACUGCCUGCCCCACAGAGGUCUAGCUAUGGCUUGGAGAGAUGGCUGGAGCUCUGCGGGUCCUGGCGCUCAGAUCGCUCAGGUCCAGUCCCCUGCGCCCUCAAUAACUAUCCUGCAGUCUCUUCCACUGGCUUGGGUACCUCCUCACCAGCCAGGAAACAUGAAGGAAGACCUACAGGAGCUGAUGAUGCUGCAGAAUAUUCAGAUGCACCAACUGCUCAUGAACCGCCUAGCAAUGAGUGCCCUUGACUCCAAGCUCCUUACUUCCCAGGUCUACCAGCUGAGCUUGGAGGAUGACGAGGAAGAGGAAGAAGAGGAGGAGAUGCUGGUGUUUCACCACCAUUACCUGCCUUGGUCAACCCCAGCCCCAGUCCCCCUGCUUCCCUGUCCAGUGCUAGACCCACGUCAGUCAUGGCUCCCGGAGAUUUCAGAGAUUAGGAAUCCUCCUCAAGACUCACAGAUCAUUUCAUCUGCCAGAAGAGGAAUACCCCCACCUCCACCACCCAGCGCCACGGGGACAGUGGGUGCUGAUGUACCACCUGCCUCAGGUAGGGCUCUAUUCCAGCCCAUUUUCAAUCUUUUGCAUUUGGCAAGGUUGGGAAGAGGCAGGCCUGGGACCAAGAAUGGGUAGUAAAAGAAAUCUGACUUUAAGCUUUCGGGGAAGUGUUUGUGUUCUACCAAACACUCUUCUGUACUCAACAUGGUUGUGUCUGUUGACUUGGUAAUAAGAUGAACUGCAUGCUGAAAGGGAGUUUAAUUCUAUUGUUUGCUUGCUCCGCUUCACUCUUACUAAUUGGCUGCUCAUGCAGGUCUCCUUCCUUAGCCACUAUUUGUCUAAAGACCUUUCUGAUCCUUCGCUUUUUCCCAUACCAAAAGGGUUACUUUCUCCUUAGACUACUAUGACGUGGCAGAGGGACAAUUGUGACACCACCCCCAGUGGACCGGCUUCUCUAUAUGGUAGGAGAGUCUCAUAUUCUACAACUUCCCAUCUUGGGCAGCUACAGACAAGGCAACCUGUGAAGCCAAGAGACCCACCUUCCACUUUUCUUUUUCUCCUAGCUGCACACCUCCUGCAUGUCUCCCUGCUCCCUCAUGCUCCCUGCAGUCCUUCAACUUCUCAGUCCUAAACUGUAUCCCAAAAUGACUUACUAGAUGAGGGCCAGUGCCAAGAGUAAUCCUGGUCUAAAUCCAGUGUUUCAGGGAGGUAGGACAGAAAUAAAAAGCCAGGGAAUAAACAGUAGGGUUCCCUUCUCUUCUCCCUCUAUUUCUCUAUCUGCCAACUAUCACAACUCCCAUCUGCGCCCACCUUCUCCAACCCUGUUUACCUGGGCAGUAGUAGACCUUCCACUUCUCAACCCAGGCACUGAGUCUACCUUCAGAACCUGUACAUUUCUCCUUUUCCACUGUCAUAUUUAGCCGUUGAAGGGAUUUUAGAGACCAUUUAAUCUAAUCCUGUUACUUUUCAGAUGAGGAAGCAAGAUCCAGAAGAAAGGAAGGACUGAUUUGUCCAAAGUUGCACAGAUAGUAAAUGGAUCACUUGAAUUCUAAACCAAGGUCUUCUGACUAUCAAGUCAGUAUCUUUUGCUUCUGUCUGACAUCGUCUCCAACUUUGAGGGAAUAAUGUGGAAGGGAUUGUGAAUGAUUUAGCAUGGUGUAUGGGAGGGGAGUGGACACUUGUUGACAAGUAAAUACUGACCCUAACCAGAUUUCAAGACCAACUUUGGAAAAGAACAGGGUGAGUCACAGGGGGCCAGGGAAGAGACAUCAGAAGACUUAGGAGCAAGGGAGAUAGAAAUGUUGCAGUUUUGCCCUUUCCUCCACUCCCUUCAUCUUAAUUCUUAUAGCCCUUCUCAGGAGAUCAGAGGUAAGAUCAAAUCCCAGAAGGAAUUGCUCACAGCCAGACCCAUCAUGGAGAAUUUCUGCCUAGACAUCUCUCUGAGACUUCAUCAAGGGGUGGGGGUGAGGGAGAUUAAGGGCAAUGAGAUGGGGCUUAUCCACAGAGAAAGUUUUACUACUUUACCUGUCACCCCUAGAGGAUCCUCAUCCUGACUCUUUCUGAUGUCAGGCUCUUAGGGACUUCCCUCUGCCUGCCUUUAUUCUAUCAGCCCCAAAAAUGUCAGAAAGGACAAUGUGUCUAGGGCAGAAACUAGUGGCCCUGAAGGUGGAAUUGUGGAGGGGAAAGAUCAAGGAGGAUGUAAUGGAGGAAUGGUAAAAAGGUCUGGUUGGGCAGCAAAGGAGAGAAAAGUUAAAUCCAACAAGUUUAUAAAUACAUUCUAUUUGUAGAUUUUAAUCUCUAAAGAAAACAAUUAAACCAUAAAUCAAGAUUGGGAA